AUGCAGCUCUGCUAGCGGCUGCGGAGUCAAACCAACCUGUGGCGAGCUGUUGCAAUCAAGUUUGCGAAUAGCUUGCAGUAAGUAACGUAAAGUUUGCCACACAACCACAUUGAUCAUGCCGCUUCAAUUUACUACGCCUAUGCGUUCUCAAACUUUCUUAUUCAGAUAAGUACCGUUCCAAAAUUUUGAAGCUGAUCCAAUAUCACGCUCACUGAGUUGUCUGCGUCUAAAUCUCGCUCAAUUAGUACUGGAUCAUGUCGGCCAGAUUCUCUAAUGCCAGAGAAGGGUAUCAAGCUCUCAGCCAGGUCACUCGUUUUGGUGAUGAAGGUAACAUAACUCGUUAAUAUAUCUCAUUGAAACCAUGCUGAAAAACUCAGAUCUCGGGGAUCUCCCGCAGAGGACAAAACACAACCGGACGUUGUCCACAUGGCUCCUUGCGAUCACGAUUUUAUGCACUGUCUUGGAUUUUUCUAUGAUUUUCUGGGAUCGAUUUCUUCGAGUCGACCUUCGCUCCGCUUCAACCUCAGACGAACUUGAGUUGCUCCCAUUCCAGAACUCAUAUCUCAACCUCGAGAUCCUCUAUAAGGAUCCUGAUUUCAAGAGCUCUACACACGAUCCAAUUAUCAAUAAUGUACCAGCAAUCGCUCAAGUGUCUAAUAAGGAGCGCCAGAAAAUUAUCCCUUCAUUUCAGCGCUAUAAGUCGGUGGAACAAGCCAGUGCUCCCAUAUACGAGCAACGGCUAAUAGUGACACACGAUCUCGAGAGCAUCGCACAGUUUCGUGUGCUUGAUUUCGGCAUGGAGAAUUGCAGCCUCUCACUCACUAUCCCUCCGAGAAACAGCACAGAAGAUUUUCUCUAUACGGAUCUUGGUGAUUCUGUAAUUCUCGAUGUCUGGUCUCUACCGGCUAGACAUAAGUUGGACCUAUACAAUCUGUCGUGGUCGAAACUUCCUCAACCAAGGGUACACAUUGGCCACAUGAAUGUGUCAUAUGGGAAGACAUCUCGUAUGCCAAGCUUUCAGUGCAAGUCGCAGUCAUACCAGACAUUCGCGGUCUCCUGCUCUAAUCCUGGUUGUCUUGUAAAUGUGACAGGCAAUGAUAUAGGCCCUUCAGGGCUAUACAUGUAUCAGAGCCAAACAAUUUAAUUAGGCGUGCAACCGAACUGCGCGGGCAGAGACUUCGUUUACCGUCUGACAUGCAACUUUGUAGCCUUAGAACACGGUAGAAAAAUGAAGUACAUGCAACGUACAGUGUGGAGUUACUAGUGAAUGCCUCUCGUAUAAAAUUUUGAGGGAGCU